GGGGCGGCGCCGCGGGCCGGGGACAGUGAUGGGCACGCCCCGGCCAGGGCCUCGGCGGGCGCUGGAAGACAGGCGGACAGCGGCAGGCACCUCUCAUUCCCCUGAAUCGAAUGUAGUCUCUCCUCCCAGCCCAGCAGUGCCAAGUUCAAGAUGGGGUCCCAGGUCUCGGUGGAUACGGGAGCCGUGCACGUGGUGAUCGUGGGCGGAGGCUUUGGAGGGAUAGCGGCCGCCAGCCAGCUGCAGGCGCUGAAUAUCCCCUUCAUGCUGGUGGACAUGAAGGAUUCCUUCCACCACAAUGUGGCAGCCCUCCGGGCCUCCGUGGAGAGUGGGUUUGCCAAAAAGACAUUCAUUUCUUACUCAGUGACCUUCAAGGACAACUUCCGCCAGGGCAAAGUGGUUGGCAUAGACCUGAAGAACCGUACAGUGUUGCUCCAGGGCGGUGAGGCCUUGCCCUUCUCACAUCUCAUCCUGGCCACAGGCAGCAUGGGGCCCUUCCCUGGCAAAUUCAACGAGGUGUCCUGCCAGCAGGCAGCCAUCCAGGCCUACGAGGACAUGGUGAAGCAGAUCCAGCGCUCACAGUUCAUCGUGGUGGUGGGGGGUGGCUCCGCAGGAGUGGAGAUGGCAGCAGAGAUUAAAACUGAGUACCCCGAGAAGGAGGUCACUCUCAUCCACUCCAGGGUACCCUUGGCGGACAAGGAGCUCCUACCUUGUGUGCGGCAGGAAGUGAAGGAGAUCCUUCUCCGGAAAGGCGUGCAGCUGCUGUUGAGUGAGCGGGUGUGCAACCUGAAGGACCUGCCUGUCAAUGAGUACCGGGAGUACAUCAAGGUGCAGACAGACAAGGGCACAGAGGUGGCCACCAACCUGGUGAUCAUGUGCAACGGGAUCAAGAUCAACAGCUCUGCCUACCACAGUGCAUUCGCAGAGACCAGACUGGCCAGCAACGGUGCUCUGAAAGUGAACGAGUUCCUCCAGGUGGAAGGUUACAGCAAUAUUUAUGCCAUUGGUGACUGUGCCGAUGUUAAGGAGCCCAAGAUGGCCUACCAUGCUGGCCUGCAUGCCAACGUUGUCGUGGCCAACAUUGUCAACUCCAUGAAGCAGAGACCCCUCAAAGCCUACAAGCCAGGUGCACUGACGUUCCUCCUGUCCAUGGGCAGAAACGACGGCGUGGGCCAGAUCAGCGGCUUCUACGUAGGCCGCCUCAUGGUGCGGCUGGCCAAGAGCAGGGACCUAUUCAUCUCCACCAGCUGGAAAACCAUGCGGCAGUCUCCACCGUGACAGGGAGGCUUGCGUGGGAGUCGAGGUACCGCUCGGAGGGGUGACAGACGGUUGACCAAGGACACCCUCCUGACAGGUGCCAAGGGCGGAAGCUCUUUGUCCGGAUCAUGGUGUCAGUUGCGUGCUGGCUGGAACGAUAACUUUAUAAAGACCCCAAAAUGAGAACAGAGAGUAAAGGAGGGAAGACAUUAAAAAAGGAAAAAGAAAAAAAUAAAAAAGCCCUAGAAGAUU